AUGGACAGGUUUUGGAGUGCCCCUCCAGUCACCAGGACCAUUGUGGCUGCCAUGUUUGUAGAGUCUGCUCUUGUACACUCAGGUCUCCUCAGUCCCAUGUGGAUCAUAUUCCACCCGUCGUUUGUCUUCAAGUUCCCCCCUGAGCUCUGGCGCUUGCUUUCUUCUUUCAUCUUGACUGGAGGCGGCUUCUCUUUCGUCUUCGACCUUUAUUUCAUGUGGACUUACGCUUCUGGGCUGGAACUCAACUCCCCACGGUUCAGUCAACCAGGAGACUUCUUCAUUUACGUUGCCUUUGUUUCUAUCAUCAUCCUGGCGACUGGAGGCUUACUGUUGGGAGGCGUCAUCUUCACCCAAGCCUUACUCCUCGCUUUUAUUUACACCUUUGCACAGGACAACCGUGGCCAGAGAGCCCACUUUGUCAUUGUCCAGAUCCCGGUGGAGUUUCUGCCCUGGGCUAUGCUCACGCUCACCUUGAUUAUGGGUGGCCCACAGGCAGCGCUGCAACAAGGCAUGGGUGUUGUCGCUGCACACCUGUACGUUUUCCUCACAAGGCUUUACCCGACCUUCCAAGGCGGAAGGAAUUAUAUUCAAACUCCGGCGGCGAUCAAGCGGUUUUUCGGAGCCGACAGAAGUGCCUUCACUCAUAGAGCAUACGGCAGUGCCUUUAGACCUGGACCGCCUGUCCCUCCACAACAGAGUCGUGGCUGGACCAGCGGCUUCACAGGUAGUUGGGGCGGUAGAGGCGCUGGCCGCAGACUCGGUGGCGACUGA